GAGAGGUGAAAGGUAGUCGCAGAACCUCAGCGCAGGGAGGUCGUGCAGCGGCGGCACCGGCGGCCGGAGCAGCGGCAGCGGCAGCGAGCGGGACGGAGUUAGGACCGCUCGGAGCGCCCAGGUCUCGAGGUAGUGUAAGGUUUGCAAUCCUUCCACUUGCUGGCAGUUGCAGAAGAUCUGCUUUUAAGUGAAACCUUCAUGCCACCCCUCUGAGGGCUGCGGCUUCCCCGGGCUCGCUUCUUUCUCUCUCCCUCCUCCGGCCCUCGCGCUCACUCUUUAAUUUGCACGCGCCCCUAAGUUUGCCGAGAUCUCGCUGCGGGCUCGGAGCCGGUCCGGCCAGGCGCCGCGGGCGGGGGCGGGGAGCCCGGGAACCGCAAUUCAGAAGCGUCGUGGGCCAUGUAUAUUUCAUCAAAUGGACUUUGGGUGCGUCGCGUCUCACAGCCAUCAACGCUAUGUGCAGUGACAUUUCUGACUUGAGUGGAGGAAUGCGAGAAGGAAGCCCGGGUGAAAUUGUUACUAGAGGAUCUUCUUGGCGCCAAUGCUAAUUGUCCUGAUUUAUGUCCCUUCUGACUAAGCUCAACGUCUUCAUCUGAAAUAAAAUGAAAGCUGUGCCAAGCGAGGUAGAACCGCCCGGCCGCUGGUUCUGAUCCCCGGGAAUCAGGAAAUCGUCCUGCAGCUUAAAAAAAAUAAAUAAAUAAAAGCAGAGAGAUAGAGGGAAAAAAAAUAGAAAUAGAAAAAAAAAUCCCCAGCAAAAGUUUAAAGCGAGAAGUGGCAGAGGCAGUGGCGCGAGGAGGCGCGGAGGAGAGCCGGCAAGCGGGGGACUGGGCUGGCAAGACCUCCCGAAGGCUGCGAUUUCAUUAUUAAUAUCACUAUAUUUUUGGAGGGAGAGGCACCUUUCUCAUCCUCUCUUCCUCUCCGCCCACCCCUGUUCCCUCCCCCUCAUCUACCUGUCAAAGUCACUGAUCUUUUGCAUUUCGGAAGAGGACGUCAACGGGAAGGAAUUCCCCCUCUCGGCGAGGGCUCCGAGAGGGGGCGACGCGCAGGAAGGCUCCCCCUCAGGGGCCCGCGACGAAGGGUGUUGGUGCCAGAAGGAAAGAAUGAUUGAUGAGAAACAGACACCCGGCUAUAGACACUCAUCCUUUUGCUUCAGAUACUGAUACCCUAGUGUGUCUGAGCAUCCUUUGUGAGCAGUGAGCACUGAGGAUCACCCAGGGUUAUUGGAUGUACAACAGGAGAGCCAUCACUUUGCUAAAUCAUUCUCUGCCACUGGACAUCUUUUACAAAAACCAAACCAGACCCGAGUCUAAUAGAUAUGUUCUAGGACAACGAAAAAGCUGCAAGUUAUUGUCAACGCCUAAUGCGCAAGUAUGUUAGGCUUCCACCAAAGUCCUCAAUAUACCUGAACACGCACAAUAUCGACCCUUCACUUUAAAUUUGGAAUCUAUAGACAUAUAUGUAUAUGUAAAAUAGACAUAGCUCACAGAUAACCAAACCCUGCUUUAUUACUGCGAGGAUUGCCAAGAAUUUAGAGAUGUAUUUGUCAAGAUUCCUGUCAAUUCAUGCCCUUUGGGUUACAGUGUCCUCAGUGAUGCAACCCUACCCUUUGGUAUGGGGACAUUAUGACGUAUGUAAGACUCAGAUUUACACAGAAGAAGGGAAAGUUUGGGAUUACAUGGCCUGUCAGCCGGAAUCCACGGACAUGACCAAGUAUCUCAAAGUAAAACUGGAUCCUCCGGACAUUACCUGUGGAGACCCUCCUGAGACAUUCUGUGCAAUGGGCAACCCCUACAUGUGCAAUAAUGAGUGUGAUGCAAGUACCCCUGAGCUGGCGCAUCCCCCUGAGCUGAUGUUUGAUUUUGAAGGAAGACAUCCCUCCACAUUUUGGCAGUCUGCUACUUGGAAGGACUAUCCCAAGCCUCUCCAGGUUAACAUCACUCUGUCUUGGAGCAAAACCAUUGAGCUCACAGACAACAUAGUUAUUACCUUUGAAUCGGGGCGUCCGGACCAAAUGAUCCUGGAGAAAUCUCUCGAUUAUGGACGAACAUGGCAGCCCUAUCAGUAUUACGCCACAGACUGCUUAGAUGCUUUUCACAUGGAUCCCAAGUCCGUGAAGGAUUUAUCACAGCAUACGGUCUUAGAAAUCAUUUGCACUGAAGAGUACUCUACAGGAUAUAUGACAAAUAGCAAAAUAAUCCACUUUGAAAUCAAAGACAGGUUUGCGUUUUUUGCUGGACCAUGGCUACGCAAUAUGGCUUCUCUCUAUGGACAGCUGGAUACAACCAAGAAACUCAGAGAUUUCUUUACAGUCACAGACCUGAGGAUAAGGCUUUUGAGACCAGCGGUUGGGGAAAUAUUUGUAGAUGAGCUACACUUGGCACGCUACUUUUAUGCGAUCUCAGACAUAAAGGUGCACGGAAGGUGCAAAUGUAAUCUCCACGCCACUGUGUGUGUGUAUGACAACAGCAAACUGACCUGUGAAUGUGAGCACAACACCACAGGUCCAGACUGUGGGAAAUGCAAGAAGAAUUAUCAGGGCCGACCUUGGAGUCCAGGCUCGUAUCUCCCCAUCCCUAAAGGCACUGCAAAUACCUGUAUCCCCAGUAUUUCCAGUAUCGGUAAUUGUGAAUGCUUCGGCCACUCCAAUCGAUGCAGUUAUAUCGAUCUGCUCAAUACAGUCAUUUGCGUGAGCUGUAAACACAACACUAGAGGGCAGCACUGUGAGUUAUGCAGGCUGGGCUACUUCAGAAAUGCUUCUGCACAGCUGGACGAUGAGAAUGUGUGCAUAGAGUGUUAUUGUAACCCUUUGGGCUCAGUCCAUGAUCGUUGUAAUGGCUCAGGAUUUUGUGAGUGUAAGACGGGAACAACAGGGCCUAAGUGUGAUGAGUGUCUGCCAGGAAAUUCCUGGCACUCCGGCUGUCAACCGAACGUCUGCGACAACGAGCUCCUGCACUGCCAGAACGGAGGGACGUGCUACAACAACGUGCGCUGCCUCUGCCCGGCCGCGUACACGGGCAUCCUGUGCGAGAAGCUGCGGUGCGAGGAGGCGGGCAGCUGCGGCUCCGACUCCGGCCAGGGGGCGCCCCCGCCCGGCUCCCCCGCGCUGCUGCUGCUGACCGCGAUGCUGGGCACCGCCAGCCCCCUGCUCGUCUAGGCGCGCCGCAGGCCACCAGCCCGGCCAGGGCUCGCCGCCGCCGCCGCCGCCGCCGCCGCGCGCGGAGGGGGGGGAGGCCAAUGCGACCCGCAAGCAUUCGCUGAGAACAUAGGAAACACACCCUCAGACACCCCCACUCCGACACCGUGUACAAACUAAAAAGGCCUAACAGAACUAAGCCAUAUUGAUCAGCCGUGGACAGCACAUCCGAGUAAAGACUGUUCAUUUCUGACUCCAGAGGCGUUGGCAGCUGUUGAUCCUAUCACCGCAAGUCACAAGGCCAGCUGCAGAGCUUAUUGCCGACUGGGAAGGAGCGACAGCCCCCCCCCCCGCCCCGCCCCGAAACAGGAAAGACAACAAACAAACAAAUCAAGCAACCUACAACCACUCGCUACUCUCCCGUGGGGUGCCCCAGCACCACUGGCCCAGUGUGUGGACCAACCAAACAGAAGCAUUCUUUGUUGGCAGUGCACUGUGGGUAUAAGGAAAUCUGUUACAAGCUGCCAUAUUGGCCUGCUUCAGUCCCUGAACCCCUUCCAACCUGUGCUUUAGUGAACGUUGCUCUGUAACCCUUGUUGGUUGAAAGAUUUCUUUGUCUGAUGUUAGUAACGCACAUGUGUAACAGCCCCCUCCAAAAGCUCAAGCCAGUCAUACUCCCUAUAUCUUAGCAGCACUGAAGUCGUUCUCAGUGUGAGCACACAUCCACUGUCCAAGAGUGGCUCUAGGAAAAAAGAAAGUGUAUCUAUCCUUUUGUAUUCAAAUGAAGUUAUUUUUCUUGAAAUACUGUAAUAUGUAGAUUUUUUGUAUUCUUGCCAAUUUGUGUUACCAGACAAUCUGUUAAUGUAUCUAAUUCGAAGGAGCAAAGACUGACAUUUUAUUUUGUCCUCUUGCGUUCUGUUUUGUUUUCAUUGUGCAGAGAUCUCUCUGUAAGGGCAACGAACGUGCUGGCAUCAAAGAAUAUCAGUUUACAUAUAUAACAAGUGUAAUAAGAUUCCACCAAAGGACAUUCUAAGUGUUUUCUUGUUGCUUUAACACUGGAAGAUUUAAAGAAUAAAAAUUCCUGCGUAAAUGAUUUCAGGAAUUUGUAUUGCAAUUUCUUAAGAUGAAAGGAGCAGCCACCAAGCAGUUCCACACUCACUUUACUGGUUCCUAUAUGGACUGAAUGCGUUCAGCUGACGAAUUUAGUACCCAGGAAGAUGGAUCGAUGUUCACUAGCUUGGACAACUUCUGCAAAAUAUGAGACUAUUUCCACUUGGGAAAAAUUAUAACAGCAAAAAAAAAAAAAAAAAAAAUCUAAGCGAUUGCCAAGAUCAUGCCAAAGCCUGUUGGCAGAGUACUAAGAGACUUUAAUUUUCAAGUCAUGCUAUUUUCACAGAUUGAUGUGAUCAUGUGACUCUAGGGAUGCUGAUCUGUGUAUCUUCGCAAAUACAGUGUUUACAUGGAGUAUCAUGAGAGGCAACCUGGAGAACCAGGAAAGUGGCAGGGAAAUUGAGUGAUUAGCAAUUUGAUUGAAUAUCUACAGACUUAGUAUUUAGAGGAAAUAGCAACAUAUACAGCAGCAAGGAGACAUAACUGCUGUUCCUGAGAAUAAAGUUUGUUUUAAGUA